GUAAACAUCAGGCUUUAUACUAUGCAUAGGAACAACUUAGACCUAAAGAACGGGAAAGAUUUCUGCAUUUAAUAUGAUUUGUGUUAAACAUCAGGUAUGAAAUCUACUGGCAAUACGGUUGUCGUCUUUUGUGUUCUCGGUUUACUUAUAAUUUUAAUUCAUUUCAAAUAUAAUAACAUUUAUCAUGGACGACUUGGAAAAUCCAUGUUAACUCAAAGAAGCAAUGAAGUUAAUGACAAUGCAGUGCGCGAAUGUCGGUAUGUCUUUCUGGAUUUGGGUUCAAACAAAGGUGUGCAAGUUCGGAAAUUAUUUGAACCUAAUCUUUAUCCAAAUGCUUUAAUAAUCCCUGUAUUCGACCGGGUUUUUGGAAAUAUCUUCGAAAGGCAAAUAUAUGCCUGUGCAUUUGGCUUUGAAGCGAACCCGAGACAUAUGAAGAGACUAAAAUUUAUUGAAGAGUCGUACAAAAACAAAGGCUUCCAAGUGGAUUUUUACAACCUUGCUGUUUCAGAUAGGGACAAUGCCAUAGUAACAAUCUUUUCGGAAACAAACUUUAAUCUGGAUUGGGGAGCAGGAAUUUUAGACCAAGCCAUCAACAAUAAGGCCAAUAUGACUAGGUAUAAGGUACACACAGUGGAUAUAGUGAAAUUCAUCGUUGAAACAAUAAAUCCUUUGAAACCAAAAGCAGUUUUUAUGAAGAUGGACAUUGAAGGCUCGGAGUUUUCGGUAGUGCCUCAUAUGAUAAAGAAUAAGGUUUUGUGCAAGGAUAUCAUAACUUCAGCGGGUAUCGAAAUCCACAAAUGGGCAGGAAAACCACUGAAUAUGUCAUUAGACAUGAGAGAAUUAGAGCAUAAUUUGAAACAACAAGAAUGUGUUCCAACAAGUGUUAUUCCGCUUGACGAUGAAACAUAUAACAUGGACGUAGCAAUUAAUCCGGAUAGCUGAUCAAUUAACCACCUAUCUGUAUUAUAUGCAUACACAAUUGAGGGACGGAUCCAGCAUUUGAAAUUAAAUAAUGGCAUUUGUAAUUACUUGUAGCCCAACACAUGUGAUCAUUUGUUUAUUAAUUGUGUAUUAUUUUUUAUACUUUUGAUAGAGAUGAAUAAAAUUGAGAGUAAACUGACAUUAAAUAGGGGGGAAUAUGGGGCGCAUUGUGGCGAGUUUGACCUUCCAGCAGAAAUCAAAAUAUAUAUGCUUUGGUUUAGACAGUUUCUAUUUCGAUCUAACAUUUGCAA